UCGUUAACAAGCUAAUUGUCUGCUCGAUGACGUUCUUACUGGUAUUCUUAUAUCUUUGUUAGAACCACCACGCUCACUUGACCAGAAGUCGUGUUCUGUUGUUACUCCAGUUCGACCAGUUCUGGUGAUUAGAAGUGCUAUUUGUUAACUGUUUUUAUUAUUGCGUGUUUGACUCAGUAAAUAAUGUGGAAAUUUAUAUUAGCAACAAUGGGGGUUUUGUUGGUGGUUGGCAAUGUGGAGAUGCACUCUUAUCAUUUGGGUGCUUGUCCCAACAUCGAGCCACAAACUGACUUCAAUAUGCGAAAAAUGCUUGGGAUUUGGUAUGUGAUUGAAAAAACCAGCACAGCGAGUUCUUGCAUAAUUUACAAUAUAACGGAAACCGAUGAACCUGGCGAAUACAAGGUGGAGGAAAUAAGCCAACAUUUUCUGCUGAGUCUCACCCCUUUGAAGCAUGGCUACCACUAUACUGGAACCCUUAAGGUUCCUGAUAAGGCGGUUCCUGCCAGGAUGACUGUCAGCUUCCCGCUAAGUGUAGCUGGAAAGUCUUCGUUCACAGUAUUUUUGACCGACUACGAGACUUAUGCGGGGAUUUUUACAUGCCAAAGCGUAAAAUUCGUUGAAAGGCAGUCAGCUACUAUCCUGUCGCGUACGAGGAGUUUGGAUAAAAUGUACAUCGAUAAGAUCAGAUCGCGGCUUGCCAGUGCCCAAAUCGACCCAUUCGAUCUAUCGUUGAUCAACCAAAAUAACUGUCCAAGAGAUCUGGCUGAUGGUUACAACAUUAAGAUAGACGAUGAAACGAUUUCCGCUAAAGCUGCAGCCGGAGUUAUCAGGAAAGCAGGAGAGAAAAUCGGUGAUGGCGUGGAGUAUAUCGCAGGAAAAACGAAGGAAGUCUACCAUAAAGUGGCGGAUAAAUCAGAAGAUUCUGCCGGACAAAUACGAGCGCAAGCUGGCAAAUCGCUCGAUCCAGAAGCAGAGUGGUUGCCAUAAGAAAUAUACUCUUCUUAGGUUGAUUCAUUAAAAAAAAAUAUUUGUGUGAUGUCAAGGCUAGUUUGAGGACAUAUCGAGAAAACUCAAUUUUGUAAGCGGAUUUUCUUUGAAUGGAGCGUGACUUUAUCCAUAUAUGGAGUGUUUUAUUUCCGCCAAGAAAUAAAUACCCACAUAAUUAAA